UUUGAAAUGACGCUUGUGGGAAUAGCAGCCUUGGGAUAUUUAAUUAUUUACCCCUGUAGUGCCACAGAUAUCAGUAUAGUUGGUAAUGUGAAGCCAGCGGUAAAUCUUACCUCCUACAUCUUCUCAGGUCAGGAUGUCUUAGAUCCUGUGCCGUAUAUAGUUUCAAUACAAUAUCGAAAAACAAAACGAGAAUGGAAACAUUUGUGUGGAGGUUCGAUAAUAUCCUCGAACUAUGUCCUCACCGCAGCACAUUGCUUGUUACCACAUUUCGAUGACUAUGGCAUGACAUCAUUUCGAGUUCUUGCCGGAAGCAAUAACCUACGAAGCCGCAUCGGUACAAGUCACAGAAUUGUCGCAUAUACAGCGCAUCCAAAUUAUUCUGACGAAGAAUUCAAAGGCCAUGACAUCGGGCUAGUUCGAGUUCGUCCCAGAUUUAAAUUCAAUAAAAGAACCAUAGCUAAGAUAGAGUUUGCGAGCUCCGAACGAGUUAUGAGUGAUAUUCCGACAAUUUUCCAUGGAUGGGGUUACACACAUUAUAAACAGGCAGAAAGACUUCAGGAAGGUAGUUUCACAACUAUGUCAGAUGAAGUAUGCAAGUUGGAACUGCACGACGUCUUGACUUCGACAGACAUUUGUGUAACUUCCAAGGACCUUAGUACUCCUUAUAAGGGCGAUUCCGGUGGGCCACUUGUGAAUGAGAGGAAAACUUUUCAAAUCGGUAUUUGUUCUUAUGGUGCGUGGAAUGUCAACCUCAAUUACAAUUAUCCAACUGUUUUCACCAGAGUUUCUGAAUUUACGAAAUGGAUCAAGAAUGAAAUCAGGAAUUAAAGAGAAAUGAAUCACAUUUUAUUCUUAACGAUUUCCUUAUUGGUAAAAGGUAAAGAUGAUGAGACUAAAAACACAACGUUUUACUUAAUUUUAUAUACAUUUUAAUUAAAAAACAUAACCACAAAGUUAA